AUGUCUCCUCCAGUCCCUUCGGACCUGGGCUACAUCCCCCCCGAUGGUGGAUGGGGCUGGGCAGUGGUGUUUGGGGCCUCCAUCUCGGUUGGGUUUGCAUACACCUUUCCUAAAGCUUUCACAAUCUACUUUAAAGAGCUUCAGGCUGUUUACAGCAUCUCCUACAGCCAGAUUGCCUGGAUAACUUCCAUCAUGUGUGCUACCACCUACGGAGGAGGUCCUAUCAGCAGUAUUUUAGUAAACCGCUAUGGCAGCCGACCCGUGGUGAUAUUUGGAGGCCUGCUGUGUGGCAUUGGGAUGGUCUCAGCUGCCUUCUGCACCAGCAUCCUGCAGCUCUACAUCUGCGUGGGCUUUAUUACAGGAUUUGGCCUUGCUCUCAACCUCCAGCCGUCAGUGAUAAUCAUAGGGAAAUACUUUUUAAAGAGAAGACCCAUCGCAAACGGCCUUGCUAUGGCAGGGAGCCCCGUGAUGCUUUGCACCCUGGCUCCUCUCAACCAGUUCCUUUUUGACAAUUUUGGCUGGAGGGGCAGCUUUUUAAUUCUCGGGGCAAUUUUAUUAAACUGCUGUGUGGCCGGAGCUCUCUUCAGGCCCAUUGGGGCACCCAAAACCCAGUCAAAUGAGGAAGCAAAGGAGGUCCUGAAAGAAGAGGUCACUAAGGAUGCCAUGGAAAUGAACAGUUCCACAAACAUCCCUGUGGAGACAAAAACAGAAGAAGAAGCAAAGGACUGUUGUGAAAAAAUCAAUAAGUACCUUGAUUUUUCCCUCUUUAAGCACAGAGGUUUCUUGAUUUACCUGAUUGGAAAUGUGCUCAUGUUUCUAGGCUUUUUUGCCCCCAUUGUUUUUCUGGCACCCUAUGCAAAGCACAUCGGCAUUGAUGAAUAUUCAGCUGCUUUCCUCCUUUCAAUCCUUGCUAUCGUGGAUAUGAUUGCCAGACCGGCCACUGGCAUCAUUGCAAACAGCAAGUGGGUGAGGCCACGGAUCCAAUACUUUUUCAGCUUCUCCAUUGCUUUCAACGGUGCCUGCCACCUUCUGUGCCCCCUGGCUUCUGGCUACAAGGGGCUCGUCGUUUACGCUGUCUUUUUUGGCUUGGCUUUUGGCAUGGUUUGUGCCAUGCUUUUUGAAACUCUCAUGGACCUUGUGGGAGCUACCCGGUUCACCAGCGCCGUUGGCUUGGUCACCAUUGCAGAGUGUUGCACAAUAUUGCUGGGACCACCUAUAGGGGGAACACUUAUCGAUACCUUUGGGGACUAUAAAUAUAUGUUCAUUAAAUGUGGAGCUGUGAUGGUCCUGGCAGGAACAUUCCUGUUCAUCAUGAAUUACUAUAAUUACCGCAUGCUUGCCAAGGAGAAGAGAAAAGCAAAAGAAGAGGACCCUAAAUCUGUAAGGACAGAAAGUGAGGGCAGAAAUAACUUGAACAAAGAUACUGUACAGGAUGGACCUGAGCUGGAACCUCUGAGAGAGGAACAAGAAAGACUAAAGAAGGAAGUGAAUGGCACAAAUGAAGUUUAA